GCAGGUACAAUCAAAACACUGAUGAUUAAAAAAGUUGUCCAUAAGCUAAUCUGUCUGUGAACGCAAUGCAAGCAUAUUUAUUACUCAAGCAAAAUUUCAAGUUCCUUGCCGUUUGCACUUGUCUACUGACCGUUGUAUUUUUGUAUGCAUUUAUAUUAUUCUGGAAUCCUUAUCAACCUAGCACGUGUUUGGGGCUAACAUCUAUUAACUAUUUAUCGGAAGGUAUUCCUCACAGUCAGAAAGAUGGAAGUUUAUUCAUGAAUUCAGCAUCAACUUUACCUUUUCUUGUCAAUGAACUGAUGCGCAUUAAUCACUCUGUGCAUAAUGAGUUGAUUGAUUUGCAUCAACGGCGUAAAGAAUUAGUGGAUACCAAUACCAUUCUCCAAAAUCGAGUUGAACGUCUACGAUCUGCUCUUGUGGAGCAUUCAAGGCAAAUAAUGCGUCUUACAGUCACUUUGGAUUCUUAUCAGCAGAAAAUUUCGGAUAUUACUAAGUCAUCAACUGUGUUUUAUCAUAAAUGGCCACUUUUUCAAGUUCAGUUUGGUGAAGAAAAUGACUAUCAUACUAAAAUUGUAAAUUCAGAUAAAUUCUGUACUAUAGAAUCAUGUAUUAAUUGGGAUCGCUGUCGUGGUACCAGAUUUCUGCAAUUUUGCACUGAUCCAUCUGUCUUCACCAGUUCAAAAUGGCCUCAAGAAUUAUUUCGAAGUUCUCCCCACUUUACUGCAAGUUGUAAUGGUAAAGGAUCUGCGUGUUUAAAAUUAGUGGUUGGUAGUGAAGGGAUUGAAAAAUGUGUUGUCGAAUCUAAGAUUAUUACAGCGAACUCACCAACUUGUAUUGUAUUAUUCUCCGAUUCUUCAGAACUCGACAAAGUUUAUCAGAAAUACAAUUAUUCAGCUAGUCAUUUCAACUUUAUCUUGGUGGCUUAUUCGUUUCCUCCGAAUAAAUUUCGACGUGGGUUCGAUUUCUUGCUUCCGAUAAAUUGCGAUAUUUUGCAUAAAUAUUCGCACAAGAUUUGCCUUAGUGAUGCACCUUUGCGUUUACUACCGGGCAGACGUUCAGUGUUGCUUGGAUUUGAAGUUGGCAUAUUAUUUAGAAAUCAUAUUAAAACUCAGUUUUCAACUUUGGACAGUUGGAUAAUUGAACAUCUAGAGCUACUGUAUAAACGAAGUCACAGGAGGAAUGAAACAAACUCUGUCAUUUCCAUAUCGAUUCAUCAGACAACUGAGAAACAGAAGAAUUGUUGGUCAAAUAAAUAUAAGGAGUUUCUUUUACGAAACUUGCUACUGGAUACUGAUUGGUUCCCUUGUGAGGGUGCAUCAUCAAAUAAGAGUAUUCAGUGCUGCUUCAUAAAUCAACAUUUGGAUUAAUAAUGACUACUUCUGGAAAUUCAUAUAUGAGUUUGGGGGUAAGAGUGCAGCUAAUCAUAUGUUUAGCUAAUGGUGCGAUCCCUGUCUUCCUUGGAAAUAAUGACCUAUACUAUGAUGAAGCAAUUGAUGCACAAUUGAUAUCUAAGGCUGUCCUACGUGUUCCUAUACCUCGAAUUGAAGAACUUCCAGUCCUACUUCAGUCUCUCUCUGAAGCACACAUCGUUGAAAUCCGCCGACAG